AUGAAACAAGCAAUCAUGACUCUCAAGUUUACAAGUUUCCUUAUUGCCUCAAUAAGCAUGUUGUUUAUAUAUCUCUCUGUAUGUCAAGUUGUUGAUGCAGCAACGUGUACCAAUAGUCAAGGAUGUGGCGUAAGGGCAUUCCUUGCAGAUCUUCAACAAGAGGUUUCUCAAUUAGAUUGUAUCAGCAGCAAGUUGAAUAAUAGCAUUGCAAUUUUGAUGUCUACAAAUUCCUCAGCAUUAAAUUCUCAGAUCAAGACCAGAGUCAAGCAAUUGAACAAGAUUGAGGCUGCUAAAAAGAUGUUGUCCUUAGAAAUAGCUCCAUUGAAUGAUCAAUGCAACAAACAAGACGGAGACAAUUGUGACUUGGCAUGUUUUGGACUCGCUCCUUCCAAAUAUCCUUCAACAGUUUGUUCUGGUCAUGGAGUAUGUUCUUCUCUUGAUGUCUGUUCAUGUUAUCCAGGAUGGUCAGGUAGUAAUUGUUCUCUCGCUUCAUGUAAUGGAAUUUUAGCAACCAAUACAAGCUCUGUUUGUAAUGGUCGUGGCACAUGUGUUUCCAACAAUACUUGUGUUUGUAAUAGUGGAGUGUAUGGUCCUUACUGUGAACCAAUCAUUAUUACUGGAGAUGAUACAACAGGCAGAAGAAUGGCCAAUGGUGUGGCCAAGGCAAGUUGUUUGGAAUUUUAUCAAGCUUAUCCAUAUGCAGAAUCUGGUUUUUACUACAUCAAGCCACAAACUACUGAAGUAUUAGUGUAUUGUAAUAUGACUAUGAGUGGUGGAGGUUUCACAUUUGUUCGUCGUGUUGCAGCUGCAGGUUGGUGGCCUUUGAAUGAUAAUUUUGGUGGAAGCGGUUCUGGAAUUUAUAAUCCAAGAUCAUUAUCAGCUGCUGGUGUUACAUUUGGUCUCGAUUAUUCCAACAUUCCUAGAACUCAAGUAUUAAUUACAACAGGUGAUGGUGUGCAUUGGAUUCUAGUUAAUUUGGAUCAACUCACUUCUGGAUAUGGUGGGAAUGAUUGUACAGCCACAAUUACUCUAUUAGCAAGUUCUAUCAGUCCAAAUACUCCUUAUUCUGUACAAGUUUGCAAGAGAGGAAACUUUAAUGAAGACCCAUGGUUGACAACUCAUAAUCAUUUUUACAUGACAACAGAUAGUGAAAGUCACAGUAUGUUGUGGGGUGAAUCAAGUAAUACCUAUUGGCCAUAUUGGAAGACUAGUCAUGGUGGUAUCAAUGUGUUUAUUAGAUAA